UGUUUUUCAUUUUAGACAAAUGUGGGAGACAUCAAUGGAAGGUCAAUUAAGUUUAACAAAGAAAACUACACCAUCUAAUUACUACUACAUUUGUGAAAAGAAUGGUGGCUCAUUGUCUGACAAGAUGGAUGAACUUGCUUGCUUUGCCCCUGAUAUGCUGGCAUUAGGAGCCUCUGGUUAUGGGCCAGAAAAAUCAGAGCAAAUUAUGAAUAUGGCAAAAGAGGACAUGAGUGUGGGCACAUCGUGGAACAUCUUGAGACCGGAGACUGUUGAAUCACUUAUGUACCUAUGGCGCUUGACGGGGAAUACAACAUACCAAGAUUGGGGGUGGGACAUAUUCCAGGCAUUUGAGAAGAACUUCCGUGUAGAAUUUGGAUAUGUGGGACUGAGAGAUGUGAACACUGGUGAAAAAGAUAACAUGAUGCAGAGCUUCUUCCUGGCAGAGACGCUCAAGUAUCUCUACCUACUUUUCUUUCCUCCAUCAGUCAUAUCCUUUGAGGACUGGGUUUUCAAUACUGAAGCUCACCCAUUAAGAAUUGCUCCAGUAAAUGGUAACAAAGGCAUUGGAACACCGGUCCGUCCAUUCGGGAGAAAACAGGGAAAGCCUGAGUAA